UCGGAUAUCCGUCUACUACCCUCAUUUUCUGAAUUAGAAAACGACCCCCAUCCCUCUCGGAUAAAAUCCCACGGCUGCACUAGUCCACUGUAACCCUCGCCCCCUUCCUUCUUCCAUCAGAAGGCCAGCGGAAUAGUUCACAAGGACCUGCUCGGCUUGCCGGCUUCAAUCUGCAUUCGCUACCCCCACCGCCGUUCGAUGUCAGAUUCGUCCGCAUAACCACCGACACUUUGAUUAUGUUUUGUACAGAUCUAACUCACAGAAGGUACUUCAAAUCCCAAUGAUGACCGAGAAGGCUAUUGGAAGUCUUCAGACCCUCCCUGCAGCUGAGAAAACUGUAACCUUGGUUCAAGCUGAUACUAAUGAAGAAGUGAAGCUUAACUCUGGAACAGAGGGAGGAAGUUCAGAAGUUGAAUACAUUGAGUCAGAGAAUCUGAAAGAUGUAGAAGAUGUAGAUACUAUCCUGAAGACACUCUCAGCAGGUCUGGACUCCAAGGACUGGGUUUUAGUUUGUGAGACACUCAAUGAUGUACGCCGUAUGUGUAUAUUUCACAAAGAAGCUAUGCUUGAGAUGCUGGAAAAUGUAAUAUCCCUAGUCGUAAAAUCACUGAAAAACCCAAGAAGUGCUGUUUGCAAAACUGCAAUCAUGACAUCUGCUGACAUUUUUAAAGCAUAUGGUGAAAGCGUAGUUGGUACAAUGGAUCCAUUGCUUCUUCAACUUCUUCUGAAAUCUUCUCAAGACAAGCGAUUUGUUUGCGAGGCAGCUGAGAGAUCCUUAACCACAAUGACUACUUGGGUUUCGCCAGCUCUAUUAUUACCCAAACUGCAACCUUAUCUUAAAAACAGAAACCCUCGAAUUCGAGCAAAGGCAUCAACAUGUUUUUCUAAAAGUGUACCAAAUCUGGGACCUGAUGGAAUAAAAGCAUAUGGUCUCGAGAACUUGAUCCAAGUCGCUGCAUCUCAGCUCAGUGACCAGCUUCCAGAGUCCAGGGAAGCAGCCCGUGCUCUUAUAUUGGAAUUGCAGACUGUGUAUGAGAAGAGUACAACAGAGGCGGGGAAUGAUAAGGAACCAGAAGAAACUACCACCUCCUCCUCUUGGGAGCAUUUCUGCCAAUCAAAGCUCUCACCGUUAAGUGCCCAAGCUGUCCUUCGAGUGACCAAUGUCUCCAAGGGGGAGGAUCUUCAGUAAGUGUCUCUUGUUUUGCCUACGUUGUUGUGGUUCAGUUUCGUAAAUGUACACAUGUAUAUACCCGUGAAGAUUGAGAUGGCA